GCGAGUGUGCGUGGGGCUGGCCGCAAACUUGGCCUGACGCUGUCUGAUGGGCAGUCAUUGUCAGCGCCAUCUGCUUGCGACCGCUACUCCGAAGGACAGCUCAACAUCCUGAAGACCAAGCGCAGCAUGCUGAAGAUCGCCUUGACUGGACAAGCUCAAGAGCUCUUUGCAAACGGCAAGCUUUUCGCUAAGCCUGAUGGAGGCAUCUCUGCGACAAAGCCGGUCAGAUCGCGCAACAAUGACGUCAAUGUCAGUCUGCAGGCACAGCAGAUGACACAGCCGCAGAAGCUACUUGCUGGUGUGAAUGCCGCAGACCUUGACCUGGCAGCCUCCUUCGACAUGGUGAUGGUGACCAAGGUGUUGCUGCCGUCCUGGCCACCGUCAUCGAUGCAGGACUUCGUUGAUCUCUGGACCUAUGUCAACAAGAACACGAAGAGCCAUUUCAGGAUCAAUGACGGAGAGCUGGCAGAAGGUCAUAUGGCGUUAAUCUUCUUCCCGGACGAGUUCGUGUCAGCGGCAGUGGGGCACUUUCACAGUCAAGGACACUGUGACACCCAUGUCGUGAAGGUCAAAGUGUCCCAGGGCAUGUUCUUCAACAGCAAGGUUCGCCUGCACAGCGUGACACAGGCAAUGGCAUGGAUUCCUUACUAUGUGGCCACUGAGAAGGAGGAGGUCUUGAUUUCCUGGCGUUGUGACAAGAUCCUGGAUGUAGAGGCCUUGACAAUCGGCCUUUCUGUCACGGAAUCCGACUACAGCGACCUGCGUGAGAAGUGUGCAUGCAACAAU